UGUUUCAGAAUCAAAAGAGACAGCGAAUCGUUGGCCAAUUAAUCGAAGUUGCCGAUAUAACGCCGACCGUCGCGCUCUCAUAAAUACUAUCAUGCACACAUACGCACAUACGUGUGUUCUCACGAUCGGCUCGUCUUUGUAUUGACCCACCCACACCACCUCGGAAUUAUCGGGCCGAGCAUUCGUCUCAGAUUGCUCUCAACUUUCGAGAUUCGUGAUCGCCGUCGUAGGAGCCGAGACAAAGGCCAGCGCGGAGUCAAAGACGGAAUUAAGAGUGCCGGAGUUGCCGUGAGUCGACGAAUCGAUCAUGGAACGGCGUGAUUUGCGCCUCCGUAUGACGCGAGGCCGUCGCGAGCCCUGAAAAGAAAGGGGAAAAAGUGUUGUCCGACAGCGAGAGAAUCGCCACAAAGGUCCGCGGCGACGUCUGCGACUUGCCGCGUUACAUUCGUCUGGGCGUCACUGUCCGCGGGCAGCGGCAUCGGGGGCAGCACGACGCACGAACGCGCCCCGGAACCGAGAUAGCUUAUCACAUGUGAACAUUUUAUUCUUGAUGGAACAAUGACUUCCAGUUACUUCACUUUGCCAAUUAAUAUGGACAGGGUAUGCAGGAUCUGUCUUACCGAGGCUACCAAUCUGUCGCCAAUUUUCUCAGCUGCUCAAGAAGUAAAUGAUCUCUCAGGUCUUUCUCAAAAAAUACAAGUCUGUGGUUCCAUUGAAAUACAUGAGCAAGAUGGAUUACCUUCUCUGAUAUGUGAUGUUUGUAUUUAUAAGGCGAGUGUUGCUCACGAGUUUAGGCAGCAAUGUCAACACUCUGAUGCAAGAUUACGCAUGUAUUAUAACAAGCCUGCCAAAUGUAUUAAGUCUAUCACGGAUUUUCAAGAUUCUUGUACGCAGACUGAUUUACAAACAAGAUUUUUACUCUCGAAAAAAUCAGACAAUUUCCAGGAAGAUUAUUUUGUGAAAGAAGACAUGCAGGUUGUUGCAAAUGCACAAGAAUACAUUCAAACCACUGACUCAUUUUCUAGAAGUGUAGAUAGCUUGAGUACUAAUCAAAUUCAAAUACCAGAUGAAAAACUGUUUAUCUGUUCUAUUGGAUUCGAAGGAGGUAAAGAGGAGGUGAAAAAUUCUUGUAUAUCGGAGAAUGAAGUUCAUCAAAUGACAAUAACGCAAGAAGAUUCGCAAGAAGAUGUACAAAAUACAUCUACCAUCAUUAAUUUACCAAACAAAGAUGAUGAUAUCAAGGAUACCAAUCAAUAUGGUGAAAAGAAUAGCGAUGAACAAGAGGAACAGUUUGUCAAUGAAAACUUAUCCAACGAUAAUGUAGAGGAAGAGGAAAGCGUUCCUCAGAAACGCACGUCUUCGAGAAAAACGAAAUCGGCAACUACUAAGACAUAUAGUGACGAUGAAAUCGCUGAUAAUUAUUAUGAGCCAAGUAGUGACAGUCAAGAUUCAGUGGAAUCGAAAUUCAAAUGCAAAGUCUGCUCUAAGCAAUAUGCCACGCAGAAAGGUCUAAAGAAGCACUCGUUAGUUCAUGAGAAAAAAUAUAAAUGUAAUGUCUGUUUAAAGAUGUUUUAUAAGCAGGAAAAUAUGGAGAGCCAUCAAAAAAUACAUACGUCGAAGCCACACGCAUGUCAACUCUGCCACGCGUCUUUCUCCAAGUCUCAGAGUCUCGUGAAGCAUUUAAAGUCGCACACGGAGAAAGUAAACGAUAUGAUUAAGCAGAUCAAUACGAGCGAGCGAAAAGAUAAUAAAGAACCGAAGAAAGAACUCAAGAGCGAAGACGAUACCGAUGAUGAGACCGGGCCUGCGAAUGAAACAGACGAAUUCGAGAAUGCGCCCGAAUUGUACAAAUGUGAGAUUUGCAAUCAAUAUUGCUCAUCUAUGAAGAAUCUAAAGAGACAUGCUCUUGUGCAUGGCGACAAAAAGUAUCCUUGUACUGUAUGUAAAAAGUGGUUCUUUAGGCCGGAUACGUUGAAAAAACAUGCGGAGAAGCACGGGCAUGGAUUACUGGAUAAUUUAGCAGAUGAUAACAAACUAUAUGAUUCGGACGAUGAUGAUAUGCCGACUAAUAACACGAUGGAUCUUCCGCCAGAGAAUGAGAACGUCAAAAAAGAAGAAAGCGACGAGGAAGGAUCUGGAGAAUACAAAUGUCAACAUUGUGAUAAGGUCAUGGCUACUAAGAAAGGUUUGCGACGGCAUGUGUCGAUGCACAAGCCAAAAGCCGAGCCCGUUACCUGCGAGAUCUGCAGGAAAGUCUGCGCUAGUCAGGCUCGUCUUGUUCUUCAUCAGAGAACACACAAGCCGAAAGAGAAAGUACCGCGCGAAUAUCUAUGUCACAUUUGUAGCAAGGUAUAUCCGAGCAACUCAUCCCUCACAUAUCAUAUGCGAACUCAUACUGGCAUUAAGCCACACGUGUGCAAGACGUGUAACAGCGGCUUCACGACGACAACGAGCUUAGCGAAUCACAUUCGCAUUCACACGGGCGACAAACCGUUUGUCUGCCAUGUGUGUAGUGCCGCGUUUGCUGUGAGUUCAGCUUUUCGAAGACAUUUGACCCGACAUACUGGUGAAGCGAAUUACCUAUGCAAAACCUGCGGCAAAGCCUUCAAGAGGCUUAGCACACUAAAGGAACACACAUAUACUCAUUCCGGUGAGAAACCGUAUGUAUGCAAGACAUGCGGCGCUGCAUACAGCCACAGUGGCAGUCUCUUUGCACAUCAGAAGCGUUGUCGCGCCCAGUACGGUGAGAUGAUGGUUGAUGAUCACAAUCAUCAUCACAUACCACACACGGUCACUCAUAUUCACGUGAACAUGAACAACGUGAAUAACGGUGCAGGAGUGCGACCAGUCGCUGUGAUAGGUCAAAUGUUUUAAGAAUAAUUAUGUGACAUUAUCAAGAUUACAAGCAUCAUUCGCGAGUGUGUGAGACUAUCAUUAUGCACAAUCUGUUGCUAUAAAUUCUGUAUGCGAAAUGCAUGUAAUAUAAGUUACACCUCUGUAAAUACAUACAGCUCUUUCAUAAUGGAAAACGUUCCUUGGAUAUAUAUGGCGCUCGAAAGAUGCUGAUACUUUGUUUUAAAAAAAGUAUAAAUAGAUAUUUACGAUGUAAUAAAAUUAAGAUAUACUAUUUAUACAAAGUGCGAAGAGUUUUCAAAAAGUAAUUGCUAUUGUUAAAGUCGUGACUAUUUUUUUAUUAUUUGAUAUCAUGAGUAUGAAUAUAUGUAAACUCCGCAUAUAUUAAUGUAUGUACAUAUAUAUAUAUAUUUUUGUAUGUAUUCAUAUAUAAGCCAGAUCUUGCUAUACCAUAUAUUACAUAAUAGUUGUCUAUUAUAUUAUUUUAAAGGAAUAUAAUUAAUUUUUUUCAUGUAAUCAAGUUUUGAAUUUAUGUAUCCAUUUAUUUAUCGAUUUUUCCGAUUCAAAAAUCAAAUGAAUGGAGACUGAAAAAACUAAAAAUAGAUGAAUAAUUAAAUUCUGAUAAAGAAAGAUAUAAAA